AUGAGUUUAGAGAGUUCCAAAAGACUCAUUGAUUCAUUAGAACCCAGAGAUCAUGAUGGUGCUUUAGAUCAAAGAAAACGUAUACGGAUCAAUAAAGAUGAUGAAAUUCAAUCAAAAAGAAAACAUAGUGAUUCAAAUUUAGAAAUUGAAAUUAAUAAUCAAAUCAUUCAAAGACCUCCUAUAAUACCACUUAGACCUAAUCAAAGAUUAGAAUUGUUUAAAAAAAGACAAAAAUGGAGACAAAGUAAUUUUUAUAAUUCAAGAAAUUUUGGUUCUAAUGUUGCUAAAAAAUCUAAUGAAAUUUAUAAUAAUUCAAAUGCUCUUGUAUCAACAAGUAAAUCAAAAUAUGUUGAAGCUUCAACUCAAACUGAUACGAUACCAAGUUUACAAUCACAAGGUCCAGUUUUGAAAAAAAUUAAAACUGAUAAAAUUAAAUCAAAUUCAUCAAAAUUUGGGAAAUUUUCUGGUGAAAUUUUAUAUGACGUUAAAGAAAUUAAUGAUGCUAAUGGUAUAAGUCCUGUUAAAUUCCCUGAUUCUAAACCAAUCCAAAAUAAAUCAUUACCUGUCUCCGAGGGAACUUUGAAUGCUUUAUUAAAUAAGAAAACAACACAAGUUGAAAAAAUUAAAGAACAAAAGGAACAACCAAUAAGUGAACCUGUUAAAGAAAUAAAAGAAUCAAAAUCUACAAUUGGACCAAGUGCUGGUUUUAAUUUCUUGAAUAAUAAAAAAAUUGAAGAAUUAAAUGAUGAAAAUUCAUCCAAAGUUGAAUCUCAGAAACCAAUUGCUCCAGAACGUUCAUUUUCAUUUGGGAAUAAAACUACAGAAAUUAAAGAAACUUCAACUCCAGCAUUUUCAUUUGGUUCAAAAGUUGAAGAUAAACUAACUUCAAAACCUUUUUCAUUUGGUUCUAACCAGGAUAAAAAAUCUUCAGUUCCAUCAUCUUCUGCUUCAACUGAAGGAGGGUUUUCAUUAGCUACAAAGACUAAUGAUGAAAAUUCAACUCAAUCAAAACCAUCAUUUUCAUUUGGUUCUAAGCCAAGUUCAAAAGAUGAUGAUAAACCAAAACCAAGUUUCUCAUUUGGUGAAACAAAGAAAGAUGAUAAAUCAAAACCAUUAUUUGGUGAAACAAAGACUGAUGAUAAACCAAAACCAAGUUUUUCAUUUGGUGAAACAAAAACUGAUCUAAAACCAAGUUUUUCAUUUGGUGCUAAACCUACUGAAGAAUCAUCCAAAAAUGAAGCUCCAAAACCAUUUAGUUUUGGUAGUGUAGCUUCAAAAGAUGAAUCAAAAGGUGAAUCAAAGGAUAAACCAACUUUUAGUUUUGGUGGUUCCAAACCAGAUGAACCAAAACCUUCAUUUUCAUUCGGUUCAAAACCAGAAGAACCAUCAACAAAACCUUCAUUUUCAUUUGGUUCAAAACCUGAAGAAUCAUCAACAAAACCUGCAUUUUCAUUUGGUGCAUCAUCUACAGGAUCUUCAUUAUUUGGAUCAAAACCUACAGAAAAGAAAGAUGAAGAAUCCAAAGAACCUUCAAACCCAACAUUUUCAUUUGGUGGUGCUCCAAAAGCAUCAUCUGAAGAACCAUCAACUAAAAAACCAGCAUUUAGUUUUGGUGCGACAUUAGAUAAACCAAAAGAAUCAACAGAAUCUGAAAAACCAAAAUCAUUAUUUGGUUCUACUGCUUCAACUGGAUUUAAUUUUGGUUCAAAUUCAUCAACAAUUUCAACUGAUCAAACAAAAUCUGAAGAACCUGCAACUAAAAAAUCUACUUUUAAUUUUGGUGAAACCGCAAAACCUUCAUUUAGUUUUGGUACCCCAUCUAAACCAGAUUCAUCAACCCCUGCACCAACAAAACCUGCAUUCAGCUUUGGUGCUGCUCCUGCUGCUACUUCAACUACAACAACACAAGAAAAUAAACCAUCAUUCAGUUUUGGUGCCACAUCACAACCAUCUCAAGAUAAUAAACCUUCAUUUAGCUUUGGUGGACCUUCUGCUGCACCUGCGACUGCUAAACCAUCAUUAGGAUUCAAUUUUGGUGGUUCAAGUGAUACAAAUAAACCAGCACCAUCAAGUGUAUUUGGUGCUGCAUCAUCAACAACAAAUAAUGAAACAAAAUCAGCACCAUCAUUCAAUUUUGGUGGUAUUGGAUCAACACCUGCACCUGCUUCAGUUUUCGGUAAUACAACAUCCACAAAUAACGUUGCUGCACCAGCUUCUUCAACUCCAUUUAAUUUUGGUUCUAAUGCUCCAGCUCCAAAUCCUGCUUCAGUUUUUGGUGGUAAUAAUACCCCAGCUGCUAAACCAGCUUUUAAUACUGGGAAUAACGUUAAUUUAAAUUUUGGUGGUUCUACAAAUAAUAACCCAACUGCAAUUUUUGGUGCUCAAGGUAAUAAUACCCCAUUUGCUGCUCCACAACAAUCAGCUUUUGGUGCUCCACAACAACCCAAUGCAGGUGGAUUUGGAUUUGGUGCUUCUCAAAUACCUGCAUUUGGUGCUGCUCCUGCUAGUAGUACACCUUUAGGUAGUACUCCUGGCGCUCCUGCAUUUGGUACACCUGCUGGUACCCCUUCUCAACCACAAUCAAGAAUUCCAGGUAGAAGAAUUGCACAAAUGAGAGCUCCACGUCGUCGUUAA